AUGGUAAACUCUGAAACUGUCAGCAUCAUUGAGGCUCUUAAGAGGAAGGUGUGGGUGAACACCAUGAAGGAAGAGCUUGAGGCCAUUGAAAGAAACAUGACAUGGGAAUUGACUGUUCUACCUCAGAACAAGAAAUCCAUAUGUGUGAGAUGGGUUUUCAAGAUAAAGCUAAAGCCAGAUGGUUCAGCUUCCAAACAUAAAGCAAGGUUAGUAGCUAGAGGAUUCCUACAAAAGUCUGAUUUAAACUACUUUGAAGUGUUUGCACCUGUAGCUAAACAUGAAACCAUAAGGUUGAUUAUUGCUAUAGAUGUAAAUAUGAAUUGGCAUCUAAUACAUUUAGAUGUAAAGUAA